CAGAGUCUGCAUGAAGGAUAAGACACCACCACAGAUCCUAGAGGUGGUUGAAAAGGCCAAGAAAGAUGUGUGUGACCUCCUGAAGAAUGGACGGGCUUUUAGUUAUGCAGUCCUGAAGCAAAUCGUCUCAUCACCAAAUCCACUCGAAGGAUUGAUUGAGGAGCUGAAAUACCAUCACUUGUUUGUGACAGGAGUCCCUCCUCCUCUGCCCAUUGGUAAUCCAAGGUUGGUCACCGAAACCCUUUCUGAAUGCCCUGGGGAGGCACCCGGAGAGACAGAGCCAUCUGUUGUGGAAUCUUGCGGCAGCGAUGAGCUUUUUCAAUGUAGACAAGAGAAAACGUAUACCAAAGACAAAAUGGUGAAAGCGAAGGAUUUAGGCAUUUUGAAAAAGCAUUCAGCAGAUCAUCCAUUGCUCAAGCGCUUUGCCGACUACCUAAAGAAUGAUUACGAAAAUGCAAAGUACCAACAGGAGGUUGACACUGUUUCCCGGUACCUGUAUUUUGCUGAUCCUACGGAACCAUCUUUGAAGUUUGUCAAUGACAGAGAGAAGCUCAGAGACUUCCUGGGUCAACAGGCUAAGGCAGGGUAUAAGGCGCAAACAUCAGGAAAUUACAUCAAGUGCUUGAAAAGGUUCUUGGAGUUCCACUUGACAAGGACCGGCUUGAGACAGGAUGACGGGGAGCUCUAUAGGCAGUGCACAUUAUAUUUGAGUUUUUUAACUUCUUCACAGAGUGUCCUCUCUAAGCAAGCGAGCAAAGAAAUUGUGCAAAAGAGGCAUGCCUUGUUGUUUGACAAAAGUCAACCCACACCUCGUGAAUGCUUGGCUGUUCUUGAUAAAGGUGAAGGUGACUUAGUGAAAAUCAUGAAUCAACUUGAUGACAGUUCUUCUUCCUCCCUGAGUAUGACUGAGUGCAUAUUUGUGCUAUACUAUCUUGAGGCAAUUGUCAUACUAAGACACUGCCAACGGCCAUGUGUGGUGCAGAGCAUGAAGGUCAAGGAAUGGCUUGAACGGAAACACGCAGAUGAUGAUUCAAUCGUUUUUGUAAAGGACCACAAGACGGCUGCACAUUUUGUGGUCUCAAUUGUCCUGUCCAAGAAGGAGGAGGCGUGGUUUGAGAAAUAUUACAACAAAGUGCGGCCACAGCUCCUUGCUGGCGAAAGGAAACGUAAGCGAGAUGAGCAGGAUGAGAAGGAUGGAGAUGAUUUUUUCUUUGUGUCCUCCCGCGGUAAGCCAAUUUACAAUGCAGCUGGUGAUCUGAUAAAGCUCCAGCAAAAGUGCAACGUCCCCCAGGUGAGCAGCCAGGUUGUACGGAGGGUAUUUGAGACAGCAGCUAACCGCCUGGAUGACCCUCAGAAGAAAGCAGUUUCUGACUACCUGGGAUGAGGACUCCAAAAUCGUACCAUGACCCGUUUGGUGAGAUGUUUCAUAUGUUUUUUAGUGGAACAAUUCUUGGCAUGUAUGGAUAAACUUUCUGAAUAUGAUGCGUGGCCUUUGACCUUUGGGGGGUGGUGGGGCGGCGGGUGACUCCUAAAGCUUACAGGGCAUCUGCCUUCAGAGACACAUAUGACAUGUCCCUGUUUGGUGAAAUGUUUCAUCUGUGUGUUUGUUUGUGCUGAUGGCUCUUUAAAGGAUGGGGAUGAGGACUCCA